AUGUGUCCGCCUGAUCGGCGAGUCGAGGCCUUUUCCCCACUUUAUCUGCCAAUAUCGGAAUUCGUAGAGAUGGCUCUCGAGCAUAGACUUACAAAACUCUCCCUCCACCAGAGGGGGAAAGACAUGGUUACAGGCCCAAACAGGCCUAAUAACCCAAGUGGCAAACCCUACGAACUCGCCUACAAGGCCCAAGAUAUUCCCGUUAUCCCCGAUCCUAGCGUCUUCAACUUCCAAGACAUCCCAAAUGGCAAUUCAACAGGAAAUCCAAGCACUACAGACUUGGCUCUUCCAAACUUGGCUGAAUGCGCGACACAUCUCGAGUUUUUGGAAACACUCUUUGUCUUGAGGCAAAAGAUCCUUGUGUCAAAGGAUUUGGAUGAGGUUAUGCAGACCGAACCUGAUAGGGAGGAAAAGACUGGUGUCCAGGGCGACACGAAAACUUUCAAGGAUGAAAAUCUAUGGGAACGAAGACAGGUCAAGUGGCCUCUGUAUGUGGAAUUCGCAACUAUACGUUUUCUUGCAUGGCGAGAAGAGUUCAACAAGUCAGGGAUUACAGAAAUCACACAAGAUAACCUCCCGCCUUUGGAUAUCCUUAUGGUCUGGCACUCCUUCUUCCUGAACCCAAGACUCUUCUACAAUACCUGUUCAGAUGAGCCUAUUUUCUCUAUCAGAUUUCCCUGGAAGCAUAUCCACGAGGCCAUCAAUAGUGAUGAAUGGAGCUUCACACUCUGUCCGGGGGCAGCAGCUCAUUACGAAAAUAUUCAUGGGUUCGCGUCAGACCUGUACCACGAUAUGGCAUCUUGGAAAACACUCACUUAUGCCACGCGUCGAGAGGUGCCGAGGAUGGGGAUAAAGCUCUUGUUGUAUCCGCCAACGAUAUACGAAAGUCCUUGUAAGGAAUAUGCAAUCCUUUUCGAAACCUUUCGCACAACGCUUGCGGGACAACUCCGCGAUGCCGUUAUUCGACAGGCUUCGUUCGUUGACAAGAUGAACUCUUAUAUGUGGAUCAGAAGCCCUGCACUCGAGGGAACAAUUGGCCGCGGGAUCAGUCGCUACCUCAACUUUUGUAAACUCAUCAAGAUGUCAAAAAGCACUGUCGUGCCAACGCUGGACAUCGAUCUCAUCUGGCACACGCACCAAUGCACAGCGAAACACUACGGCCAAGCAAUGAAAGUUCUGGCUGGCAAGUUUGUCAAUCACGAUGAUACGAUUGAAAAGCCCCAGCUAGGAGUAUCGUGCUUGUGGGUGCUGGGACUGUCAAGCCUUGUUAACGGAGCUUGA